CAUUGACAGCAAACAAUUCGCCAAAACGAGCCGACUGCACUACGGUCAUCGGCCACACAACAAGCUCCAAGCAACUCUUUAGCAACGGCAGAACCCCACAACCACUACACCCUUUAUCACGGUCUGUGCAUUCGCACAUCGUUACCACUAUGGCUAGAGCACUCGGGAACAACUCAAUUCACAGUGGCUAGCAUCGCAGCGCCUUGAGUCGACAACUUGGACACUGCACACCACAUUCGCAGUUCUGUGCUGUUCCGCUGCGGCCGGUCACCAUUCGCAUCCGCAUUUGCCUCACACGUUGUUCCAAUUCUUUGCUCAUCAAGUUCAAGUUGAAUUCAUAGUCAAAAACGAAUUCGUAAUUGAUGUUGAUGUCGCUGUCGCUGUCGAUGUUCAUGUCGCCGCUUGUUCUGCGCGUUGUCUAACGGAGUUCGUGUUGUAUUUUGAAAGAAUAAAUACAAAAGUGCCGCCUUUGUUACUUCUGCGCUUUGAGCUGCUCCUAAGCGUAUUGCAUCGGUCAUUGGACAUAUGUAUGUAUAAGUGUGCCAAAAAUUCGGGAUUGUGAUUUUACAUGCGCUGUCGUUCAAAUUUGGUGUUCCGUGCGAUCGCAAACUAACAGUAACGUGCUUCGCUGACAUUACCCAAUAAUCAAAGGGUGUUUGGGUGCGUUGUUACUUUGGGUUUCGCCGUCGGGGAGUUAAUUCAAAUAUUUUCAGUUUCGUUGGAAGUGCAAUCAGAGCCACGAUCAGUUAUUUUUUAAUAGUCGAUUACAAACACAUGCACAUUUAUACGGAAGCUCAUUGAACGAAACCUAUCCUUUUAAACUACGAAGGUUCGCAAAAUAAAGUUUACGGAACUUGUGUAUUGAAGGGCUGCUGUCAACUUCUACCUAAAAACUGAAAAUUAUAAAAAUAGUGAACAAACAUACAAAAGAAAUGCAAUAUCGCCGUGUUAUCAACUUUCGUACAAUAACAUUAUCGUAACAAGGCAAUUAAAUACUAAUAUAAUAUAACGAUUGUUCAAAAAAUUAAAGAUUAAGGAGAGUGCGUGAUUUAUCGACAAAAUAUUACGACCACUUCGGAAAAUGAGUGAAUGGGAUGGGUUAAACUAAAAUCAUAAAAUAAAUAAAUUACUGACAAUAAAACAUAAACAAGGGAUCAGUCUCUGUUAGACAAUUUUAUAUGUGAAACAAACUUUCAGGUGAAAGUUCACUUCUAACAUUAAAGCAUCCAAGUGAUAAGAUCUACGAGAGAUAUGCAGGUAUCAAAAGAGUGCUUAUAGGACAUAUAAAACAUUUAAACCAUGAAGUAAAUGUUUUGUUCUAUAAAAACUCGUCAUUGCGAAAGUGACAGUGCGUUAAAAUGCGUUAAAAUAAUAAUUACAAUCGUGCAAACUUAACUUCGCAGAGGCUUCGAGAAUGAAAGAAAAUGAUUUAUCCCAUUGAAAGUUUAAGUAAUGGUUGGUAAUUGCUAAACGAAACCAAAUAUCAAUAAUUUGAUAAUAUAUGUAAUUAUAGCUGCAUUCUCCUGAGAUAACCGCGAUGAUUUUGUUAUAACCCUAAUUACUGAAUAUUUUGGUGAAGAUUAGCCGUUCAGCUUCUUGGUAGGAAUACCAUUACCAUUAAUAAACUGCCAAAAGGAUUUUGAAUAUAUACAUACAUGCAUACAUAUGUGUGUUCACAAUUUAUAAAAUAUGAGUAGAGUUUGCCGAUUACGUCGGGUCCGAGUCAUGAAUUUUUGUUAUUUUUCUCUAACUUUUUUGUAAGCUGUUAAUUGUAUGUUUGGAAAUGACAUAUAUACAGACAUAAUAACAAUAAUCAAAACUUAGGCCAGCAGUUGGAAGUUUCUUCGGCACGAAUAUACUUCAAAUCAAAAGUUGUGUUUCAAUAUCAAAACACUAAAACUUAAUAGCAGUAAAGACGACCACUUCGGAAAAUGAGUGAAUGGGAUGGGUUAAACUAAAAUCAUAAAAUAAAUAAAUUACUGACAAUAAAACAUAAACAAGGGAUCAGUCUCUGUUAGACAAUUUUAUAUGUGAAAUAAGCUUUCAGGUGAAAGUUCACUUCUAACAUUAAAGCAUCCAAGUCAUAAGAUCUACCAGAGAUAUGCAGGUAUCAAAAGAGUGCUUAUAGGACAUAUAAAACAUUUAAACCAUGAGGUAAAUGUUUUGUUCUAUAAAAACUCAUUAGUGUGAAAGUGACAGUGCGUUAAAAUGCGUUAAAAUAAUAAUUACAAUCGUGCAAACUUAACUUCGUAGAGGCUUCGAGAAUGAAAGAAAAUGAUUUAUCGCAUUGAAAGUUUAAUAAUGGUUGGUAAUUGCUAAACGAAACCAAAUCAAAUAUCAAUAAUUUGAUAAUAUAAUUAAAGCAGCGGGUCCGAGUCAUGAAUUUUUGUUAUUUAUCUCUAACUUUUUUGUAAGCUGUUAAUUGUAUGUUUGGAAAUGACAUAUAUACAGACAUAAUAACAAUAAUCAAAACUUAGGCCAGCAGUUGGAAGUUUCUUCGGCACAAAUAUACUUCAAAUCAACAGUUGUGAUUCAAUAUCAAAACACUAAAACUUAAUAGCAGUGAAGGUGCGUUGUUAUACGUACUGGUAUAUCCAACUAAAGUGAGCAUCAACAUUUCAGUCUACAUUCGCCCACCUUCUUCGCAACUGCACGGUCAUCACCCACGCAUAGCGAUUAGGUUUCGUAGCUGUUCUUUAAUGGUUUCGGAGGAUAAUUGGAACAGCGACACAAUGUCCGAUUCGGACAUGCAUGACUCAAAGGCAGACGUUUGCGGUGGGGCCUCCAGCAGCAGCGGCAGUUCGAUCUCCCCUCGCACUCCACCCAAUUGUGCACGGUGCCGUAAUCAUGGACUCAAAAUCACACUAAAAGGACACAAACGGUAUUGCAAGUUCCGAUUUUGCACUUGUGAAAAAUGUCGCUUAACCGCCGAUCGUCAGCGCGUCAUGGCACUGCAGACUGCUUUGAGACGGGCACAAGCGCAGGACGAGCAAAGGGUUCUGCAGAUACACGAGGUACCUCCAGUGGUACACGGACCAACGGCAUUACUUAAUCAUCAUCACUUGCACCAUCAUCAUCACUUGAAUCAAAAUCAUCAUGCAAGUGCUGCAGCUGCAGCAGCUGCUGCUGCGGCUCAUCAUCAUAUAUCGACAGCGAUCCGUUCUCCGCCACACGCCGAACAUGGCGGCGGAAAUGUUAGCAGUAGUGGUGGUAUAGCCGGUGGAAUAGGUUCUGCUAUCACCUCUGUACCUGGGUCGGUGCCACCACCCGAACAUCACAUGACCACAGUGCCCACUCCAGCACAAUCGCUAGAAGGUUCUAGUGAUACAUCUUCGCCAUCACCGUCGUCUACUUCAGGAGCGGUAUUGCCCAUAUCGGUGGUAGGACGCAAACCAUCUCUGCAUCCCAAUGGAGUAAAUAUUCCUUUAGCUCAAGAUGUCUUUUUGGAGCAUUGUCAAAAACUAUUGGAGAAAUUUCGAUAUCCAUGGGAGAUGAUGCCAUUAAUGUAUGUGAUAUUAAAAGAUGCUGGGGCAGAUAUUGAAGAGGCUUCAAGACGCAUUGAGGAAGCAAAGCGAAUUGUGAAUCAAACCAUAUCGCUACAUUGGAUGGAUAGACAAUUAUACUAUAAUUACUACUCAUCCGCAGCACUAGUAAACACUCCUCCUACAUAUUUUCCAUAUCCGAUUGCCAUUGGAAGCAAUGGCUUACUGACUUCGCACUUCUCACACCUAACGGCGUCUAUGCGACCACCAUCGCCCGAGCAACCCACUCUAAGUCGUACGCCACCCAGUCCAUCUAAGCCUUCGCGACCAGGUAGCAUCCUUAGUGAAACCAUGUCGCCGCCAGCAGCCGCUACAAACUUGCCGUCAUCUGCCACAGCUGCUGCAGCUACGUAACAGCAACAACAGUCGCAACGAUACAGCCAGACUACUCAUGCAACCGCUGCUGUUGCGGCUGCAGCGGCAGCGGCUGCUAUGCUUUUAGUGGAUAACUAAACCAUUAGUACCGAAGCCAAUCUACUUAAUUGUUAUUCAGAUAAACGUUUGCAUAUGUAGUGGAACUAUCACUUGGAAAGUACCAAUAAUUUUAACGGAAAUUUACUGGAAAAUUGCGGAUAUAAGGAUUUAUUAAAUGAAAAAUUUAAAGCAAUUUUCAUUUGUAAAUAAUUGAUAUACAUAUACCAAUACAUAUGUAUUAAGAAGUUGGAUGCAUCUUUAUAGUUACUUAGAAAUAUUGUUUACUAACUCUUUGUAAAAUCUACUGGAAUGUCCCGGAAGCCUAGGAAAUGGGCAAAUAAAAAAGUGAACAUAGAUCUCAUUACAUCAAACAAAUUACACAUAGUAUGCACAAAUAUAAAUAUAUGAAUCACAAAGAUAUGAUAAAUAUUAUACAUAUAACGGAAAGAGUUUGCAUUUUUCAACAGCUAUAACAUUUUAAACAUAAAUAUAUUGUGUGUAUGUAAGAACGUAUUUAUUAAAGUCGAAUUUGUAGUAAAACGUUAUUAAUAUAUUCCAAAAAUGUAAAGAAAGCUUAAUUAAUUGAAUACAUCCGUUAAUAAUCAAAUUCAUAAAUAAAAUAUUUAAAAUAUAUAUGUAUAUAGGAAAAACAAACUAUGAAAUGAGAAAAUAUCAAAUGGAAAAAUUCUAUGUUUAUUAGAUUAGUUUCAGAACUAGUUAUUUAUUCUAGUUGAUAAUUUAACUGUGAAUUAUGAUAAAACCUAUUGAAAUAAAGUGGAUAGCAAAUAAAGAAAUGCAUAAUUGCUGGU